CAUCUGACGAGUCGACGGCCGCGUUAUAUACCCUCGUAGUGUAUCCCUGAGGCUACGUUCAGGCUACCACGUUGCCCCGUCAUAGUCAUGGUGAAGUCGAAGUCGUCUGGCGCCUCAAUCAAGGCGAAGAGCAUGACCAGCGGUGGUGUUGAUGGAUUCUUGCGGAAAUGGGUAAUCCGGUUCGCGGUCGUUGGGAUCUUCGUGGUAGUUGGCCGGUGGUUGGACAGUAUCAAGCACCAUUGGUAUGUUUUCGACCACGUUGCGUUGCACGAACUCGCGAAGUCUGCCGUGGACCUAUACCCGAACGAUACGGCUGCGAUGAUUCAGCACAUCGUGACAAACCUCACUACCGAAUUUCCGAGCGACGAAAAGCGGAUACGAAUCAACCCGACGAUUAUCCAAUACCCCAUAGACUCGGCCGAGGUGAAGCGGGACUGGGUGUUCAACAAUGCUGGAGGCGCGAUGGGAGCUAUGUAUCUUAUCCACGCGUCUAUCACUGAAUACCUCAUCAUCUUCGGCACUCCUCUCGGAACGGAAGGACAUACAGGACUUCAUCCCGCUGACGACUACUUUAACAUCCUAUACGGUGAACAAUGGGCAUUCGCUCCCGGUGCACUCGACAAGGAGGUAUACCGCCCUGGGGACGUGCACCACCUUCCGCGGGGCACCACGAAGCAAUACAAAAUGCACGAAGGGUGCUGGGCGAUGGAGUACGCUCGUGGAUGGAUCCCCCUUAUGCUACCAUUCGGAUUCCUCGACGGGCUCACGUCCACCCUCGACGUCCCGACGCUCUACCACACCGUCCGGAUCACCGGUCGGGAGAUCAUAAAAAACUUGCUUGUCGGUAAAAUAUGAUAUACUCAUGUAUGCUUGCGUGACCAUAUACGUCUUAUUUGCUA